ACGUUAUAGGUUAGUCAUCUGUCAAAAUAAUUAAUAAAAGUUCGAAAGAAAGAAAAAAACACCAAAAAUGACUGUAAUGGAAUUUUUUGGAUGUACUUUUUUGGCUUUCGGUCCACCCCUAGCUAUGUUUGUGUUCACAGUAUUAAAUUGCCCCGUUAGAAUUAUAAUUUUAAUAGCUGCAGCGUUUUUCUGGUUAUUAUCACUGUUAUUAUCAUCACUAUGGUGGUUUAUGGUGAUUCCUUUGCGAAAGGAGUUAGCAUUCGGCCUAGUAUUUUCCGUGAUGUUUCAAGAAGCGUUCAGAUACUUAAUUUACAAAAUACUUCGACAAGCAGAAAGAGGCUUACAAAAUAUAUCGGACGAUGCGAAAUUAGUUGAAAACAAACAUAUUUUGGCUUACGUUAGUGGAUUAGGAUUUGGAAUGAUCAGUGGGAUCUUCGCUAUGGUGAAUAUUGCAGCAGACGCAAUUGGUCCUGGUACAAUGGGUUUGAAAUCAGGCAGUGAAAUGUUUUUUUUGAGUAGUGCAGCGACCAGCCUGUGUUUUAUAUUAUUACACACUUUCUGGGGUGUGAUUUUCUUCAGUGCCCUGGAUAACAGUAACAAAUUCCAGGUGAUCUAUGUGGUGUUAUCCCAUAUGUUUGUUUCUUGUAUCACGUUACUCAACAGAUUUGAAAUUUACUCUGCCACGUUGCUGCCGAUUUAUACGGUGUUGUUAAUAACAAUGUUUAUAGCUUUCAGAGUUGCUGGUGGCUCAUUAUCCUCUAUAAAAGCAUGUAUAUUGUUCAACCAGUAGCUAAAACUUUGUGGUGAUGCAAUAAAAAAAUUAAUAAUUUUUAAUUUAAAUACUUUUUUGUAUUACUUAUUGAUUUAAGCUUAUGUUUAUAGGAAUUCAUUAAUGCGUUAAUUUAUUAAUGUACAUUUUUUAAAAAAUAAAUCUCAUUUGCAAUUAAA